CGGAGGUUGUAGAGCUUUUCAAGCACGCAUCGCAAUAUACAAUCUUAUUUGAAAAAUUUGCGUGUUCAUAUCACUACCACUUUGGAUAUCAAUGCCGUUUGUCCGAUUAUGGCUUUUUGAAAUUGGCAGAUUUAAUGGAGUCAAUAUCCGGCAUAGUUGAGAUGGAAUUUUCAAAUGAAGAGGAUCGAAAAAUCUGUCUGUCUUCAAAGGCUGCUCAGCGUGUUUUUUCGGAACAAUUGAAGUUUUUGAUUGAAUCAUAUUCGGGCUCAAGUGAUAAUUUGACCAAUUUGCAUGAAGUUUUAAUAUACCAUAAGAAACAUUAUGGAUACCAAAUAGUUCCGCAAUCCUUAGGCUUUGAUGAUAUGCUCACUUGCAUAAAUGCACUUCCGUAUAUAGAGGUCAUUUCAUCUAUGGGACUCAUAAACAUCAAAUGUCAUCACGACGACCAGAUUUUCCGCAAUAAAUGUUAUGCUGCAGUACAUUUAUUAGUGGAAGAUAAACGACAGGCUUUACCACUAUCGGAUUUUAUACAAAUGUUUGCUGGUAGAUAUAACGAUAUUGUCGACGAACAUUUAAUAAGGACGAUGAAGCACGCAAUUGAAAUUCAGCAGAUGAACAAUUUUAAAUGCGUCAAGAUGACCAAAUUGAUGAUUUUUCUUGUGAAUUUAAUAGAUUUCAUUGGAGAGAGAACAGUAAAAUUGAAUGACAUACAUCAUUCUCUGAAACUAUCGAUUAAAUCAUGCUUUCCUUUCGGCUAUCCAAAUUUAAAUUCAUUUAUCGAAGCAUUUCCAGACGUUUUUGUAAUGAAUAUUUCAAAAACUUCUGCUACCCGUAAUGAAGUUUCAGUAAAUUCACAGUGUAUACUAUACAAGGCCGACUAUCUAAACGAUAACAACAACAACAAUGUUUUUUCAAAUUUCGAUUCGGCCUUUCCGGGAGCUACAUCAUUGGCAUUGCAAAAUUCAGUUCAGUCUCAAUCGUUAUCUUGUGGUAUGGCGGGUUCUUUAGAAGCAAAUACUUAUCCAACAUUUGACGUAUCGGCUAUUCCACCUUCUAUGAAUAGUAGUUUUUUUGGAACAAAGAUCACUUUUAAGCCCAAUAAAAUUAACGAGUCCAUCGAAUCUAUUGAUACAAGUCAAAAGAGUGUGGAAUUAAGUUCGGAAAAUAUGUUUCAGGAAGAAGAUGAGGAAUAUGAUUCUAUUUGUUGUAAUAACACAAAAAUUGGUAAUGAAAGCUGUUCAGUUUUUAACUCCUCAAAAACAAAGGACUGCGAACGAAAAAGCUAUGGCUGUCCACCAAAGCCGGACACACCACCAAUUUCACCAUAUUGGAACAACCCGAUUUGGGGAGGCGAUGAGACAUCCCCAAUCAAAGUUCAUAUCAAACUACCAGACUUGAAAGUGGUUAAAAAGACGCAGUUACUCAAUAGUCCAGCCAUCAUGGAGCGGUUAUGUAUUUCGAAAAAAAAGUUGAUAAUAUUACCAGAAACAAAUUAAAAUUCAAUCGGAGAAUUCAUAUUUUAAUUCAAACGAUCUAUAAAAAAAAUUCAAAAAUUGUAAGCCCUCUAGGAAAUCAUCAUUUUCAUCAUUCAUUUCAGUUUUGAUAUUAUUAUUGUUGGAACGCUAUCGCAGUGCGAAAUUUCGAAAAAAAAUGUGUUUACGAUAAUUCCGAAUAAUCAUUUCUGUAAAUCAUAAUUGAAACAUUGAAGUAAUUAAACACUUUUCUAUUUUGUCUACUAGUACAAAGUCCGUCAAAAUCAAAUAAAAUUUCAGUGUAAAAUUUCA